AGUAAUACUUUAUUUGAUCAAUAUUUAUCUAUUUCAAUAAUAAACAGUUAAAGGUAACACUGUCAACGUUUAUAAUUUUUAUUUAUACACAAAAUGGGGCCUAAAAAAGAUGUUACAAUAAAAGCAAAAAAGAAGCUUAGUAUACAUAGGGAUAUCGACGAUGAUUUAGAAGAAUGGAAAAAAUCUAAGCAAUUGGUCAAACCCAAAGAUCAAGUGGAAUUGUCAGAUGCAGAAUUAAAAGAGAUUCUCUCAAGGAAUUUGGUGCUCACCAACGCACAGGCUCCCGAACAUAUCGUAGAAUUUAGUUAUAAUGAAGGGUGUUUUGUAGAAGUACCACAACCAAAGAACUACGUUGUUGUUUAUGCCAAACAAGGGUGUUACCUGCACAAGACCUCAGAGGAAGCUAAACAACAAUAUAUUGAACAAGGACUUGAUUUGAGUCUAUUGGAGACAAUUGAUCAUCAAGAUGAUGAAGACAUAGAACCCAUACCAGCACAAUCCACCAAACCCACAUUGGCAGAUGAAGGAGGUGAAGAAGAAGAAGCAGACCUAGAUGGUGAAGAAGAAGAAAAACUGGAGGGUAUGGAAGAAGAGGAAGGGGAAGGUGAUGCUGAAGAUGCUGCUGCAGGUGGUGGAGGUGGUGAUGAUGAAGAGGAAACCACAGCAAAACCCGCUGGGAAGUUGAAGAAUCAAUUCAACUUCUGUGAAAGAGCAGGACUAUCAAUAAUACCACCAAAUAGGGACCAAGAAAGUCAAACAGUCCCACCACCAACUGCUAACUGUUCAGGGCUGGUCCUUCAAUGGGUCAUCUACGAUGCUUACCAAGAAGAUUUCGAGGAACAGGAACGCGAAAAAGAACGAGAACGAGAACGCAAAGAACGUGCCAAGGAAAGUGGUGGUACCCACAAACCCCACCCAGCUCCAAAACCCAAAGCUAUUGUCCGUAAAGAAUUCAGCGAUGAAGUUGUACUAAGAGUAUUUGAUUGUUGGAAAGUCUUGGAACGUAUGAUCAAUUUAAACACCUACGAUGACAUAGCUAAAGACUACAGGUAUUGGGAAGACCCAUCUGAUGAAUUCCGAGAUAAUGAAGGUACCCUCCUUCCAUUAUGGAAGUAUCAAUAUGAUAAACUCAAAGAAUACACUGUCACCUACCUAAUGUGGAACAAUUGGUAUUAUGACAUGUUUAUAGCAUGUUUUGGUUCAGUGGACUUCCUAAAACCAAGCGUCGGUGGCUACAUUUGUCUCUACACCAUCAAAAACCCAUCAUUUCCUGAAAGUAUCUGUGUUUGUGACUCAGCUGUCAUGUGCGCUGACGUCCAUCGCUUCUACCCAUACAUGAUGGUAUGUGGUCAAGCAGAUGGUAACAUCGCCGUGUACAAUAUCCAAGCAAGCACAAAACUCUGCGCGUAUCAAACAAAAAACUACAAAACAAAAUGUUUGGGAAUAGUCUGGGCAGUAAAAUGGCUGCCGGAUUUACAAGAUGGCGAACUGAACUUCUUCGCUGUGUCAAACGAUGGCGUUGUAAAGAACUAUGUGCUUAUGCAAAGCGAGUUUGCUGUCACGCACAUCAUCAAAUUAAUUCUGGAUACACCGCCGGCCGCUGGACCUGAUGGAACUUUUGUUCCACUAAUAGGCUGUGCUACAACUUUGGUUAUGCAUCCGAAAGACCCCAAUGUGUAUUUAGUAGGCACGGAAGAAGGCUUCAUUUAUAAAUGUAGCGUCAACUACAGCUCGCAGUAUUUGCUCACUUAUAAAGCGCAUGAUUUGCCUGUGUACAAAAUUAAUUACAACUAUUUUAAUCCGGAUAUAUUCAUAUCAUGCAGUGGUGAUUGGCGGAUUAAAAUUUGGGAAGAUGGGAGGUUGGAUCCGUUGUUUUCGUUUGAUUUAGGAGCUGUUAUUUCGGAUGUCCAAUGGGCACCGUAUUCUUCAACGGUUUUUGCUGCUGUUACCUAUGAGGGAAAAGUUUAUGUCUUUGAUUUAAACAUGAACAAAUAUAAACCGAUUUGUGUGCAAGCUGUGGUGUCAAAGAAGAGGUAUAAAUUGACUACGAUUGCGUUUAAUAAUAAUUUACCGAUUAUUAUUGUUGGAGACGAUAAGGGUUGUGUUACAUCGUUGAAAUUAUCACCAAAUUUACGUAUUCCGUGCAAGGCACCAAAGAAACAACAACAUUUGGAUCAAUUUACACUGCAAUGCAUGAAACUGGAUAAAUUAUUGGCUGUUGUCAGGGAACCAUUGGUUAUUUCUGUCAAUCAAGAUAUUACAAGUACUUUGAUCAUUGUCAAAUAAAAUUCUAUGUUUUUUUACACAAAAA